AUGGCUCCUACUAUGGCAGCGUCCACUUACACGGCCACUCCCAGGUCAUUGUUCCCUCUGCAGCUCUCCCCCAGGGCUCUGAGGUCACCGAGGUCACCUAUGACCUUCAGCCAGUUCGAAGUCUUGUCUCCUCGGGCUAUGGCUAAGCAGGAAAAGGACCUAUGCCUCCCAGCAGAAGGCACCAUCUACAUCCACAAACCCGACCAAGACUUUUGGAAUGUCCGUUGCGCCGAGAGCCUGGACGCUUUCAUGCGCGCCGCCGGCUCUUACACGCCAGCUCAGCGUGCCGCCCACCUCCAGCUUCUCUCGGAGAUCAUCGUCCCGUGCAUGGGUCCUCACCCGGCCACGGCCCCGACCAAACCCCUGCUGACCGCCGACGGCUCUCCAUUCGAGCCAUCAUGGAACAUCACCGACUCGGGCUCCUCUUCGAUUCGUUUCUCAUUUGAGCCCAUGGGCCGCCACGGUGGCUCAGCAUCAGACCCAUUUGCACAGAAGAUCAUUUCUACAAUCCUUCCUGCUUUGCGUAUGAUAUCUUAUGGCGUGGACACGCGGUGGUUCGAGCAGUUCAUGACCGCUCUCUUCCUGACAGAGGCGGAGUCGGAGACCGCCCUCUCCAGACUUCCCAAGGGAACUCGUGCGCCAACCUCAUUCCUCGCAUUUGACCUGGAUGGCGCCAAGGCUGUGUUCAAGGCCUACUUUUUCCCGAUUCUCAAGCACAUUGCGACUGGUGAUUCGACGGAGAAUAUUACCUUUGACGCGAUUCGCACCCUGUCACCAAACGGCGCCGAUCUCUCUCAGUCUGCCGACGCUACGGAGCAGUACUUUAGAAAUGCUCCGUUUGCCAUCCCCGUAGAGAUGAUCGCUCUGGACUGUAUCGACCCUGCAGAAGGAGCCCGCGUUAAGGUCUACUGUCGUACCCGCUCAAACGCUUUCAACGUCGUGCGUGAUGUGGUGACCCUCGGCGGCCAAAUCAAGGACAAGACGACGCUUAAGGGUCUCGAGAUUCUCCGAGGGAUUUGGCAUCUGCUGCACAACGAAUCAGAACCCCACGACGAUGAGUGGAACAAGGAGCCAAACAUGUUGAACACCCUCCACAAGGGCAUUUGCUACGGUUUCGAGCUGAAGCCGGGCGCGAAGUGGCCCGAGGUGAAGGCAUACGUUCCUCUUUGGCAGUACGCCGACAGUGACGCAGUCAUCUCAGCAAACCUGGCCCAGGUCUUCCGUUCCAGAGGCUGGGCUGUGGCUGAAAAGUACGAAGAAGACAUGGCUCGUUGCUUCCCGCGUUCGGAUCUGAGCAAGACCACAGGCACGCAUUCCUACAUCUCAUUUGCCUACUCGGAGAAGAAGGGCGCCUACUUGACCAUAUACUACUCCAUCAGGCCUCAGGACUCAUUGCUGGCUUUUUGA